UUUGGCAAGUUCGAAACGGCCCCGUGCUCCGUCGCUUGUGGAGAUGAACCUGCCGAUGGACGAUGGGAAGAAGUUGCGUGCGGCUGCGAAUGUCGGACGGCUGAUUGCUAAACCCGCCGGUACUGCUGCCGCCGUGGGUGCUGCUAAACCAGCUGCGCCCGAAUCGGCCAAGGACAAGACAGCCAAUGCGAACGCGAACGGGAACGCGCAGAACGCAGCACCGACGGCAGCAGGCCAACGGAACACUGGCCUGACAUCACAGUCAGAUCAAUCCGACGCUUCCAGCUUCUCCGCAACACCAUCACCGCCCUUCAACGAUUUCGGCGUCCCCCGGCACUACAACGGACCCUCGGCCGUAACCCACAACCCAUACCACCCUUCCCCCCUCCAAGUCCAACACCCCAUCCAGGGCUCCGACACCGGCAUCGCAUACAACGCCACCGGUCUCUUCAUCCCGCACCUCGCCAACUCCCCCCACCAGCAACACCAGCGACCCCAACAACAUCAACAACAACAAGAACAACAGCAGUUCCGGUUACAGGACGACGGCAACCAACAAGCCCACCCCUCCCCCCUCAUGCCCACCCACCCCAUGCUGUACGCCCCACAACCCCGCCACGCAGCCUUCUCUGACAUCCAACGAUCAAACACCCCGCCUGUCUUUCCCGCUCAACAUCAUUUUCAGAUUGAAGCACCCGUGAGACCGACGAGCACACCGGUGGAUGGCUCGUUUCAGCAGCAGCAGCAGCAGCAGCAGCAGCAGCAGAUGUAUGCGCAGCAGCAGUGGGGGUAUGAGCAGCAGCAGCAGCAGGGACAAGGACAGGGAGGGGACGAGGGGUACGCGCAGGGUGCGGCGACCCCGGGGAAGAAGUAUAAGUGCCCGAAGCCGUUUUGUAGCAAGGUCUACAAAAACUCCAACGGCCUAAAAUACCACCUCGAGCACGGCAACUGCGAGCUCGACUACGAGCACCACGCCGCCGCCUCCUCGGCCAUGUCCUCCCAAGGCUCGCCACUCCUCUCCGCCGCCACACCCGCCCCGCACCCCAACCACCCGCGCACGUCCUCCCCCUCCCCCUCCGACUACAUGCACCCCUCCCCAGCAAUGCCCCACGCCAACAUGGGAGCAGCAGCAGCAGCAGCAGCGGCGCACCCGGAAUUCGCAACCCCGUAUUAUCUCCCCCCCAACUCCCCGCACACCUCCACUCUCUACACCCACCAACUCGACCCGCACAACCACAACCACCCAUACAACACCCACCCGCAACAACACCCCAACUACCCCUACGCCGCGCUCCAAGGCCAGCAACAAUUCACCCCGGCCCCCUACCUCCCCUUCACAUCCAACCUCCCCCUCUUCUCGCCCUUGGGCCUCUCCCAGCUCUCCCCGGGCCUCGCAGCCGCCCACGCGCAGGACAUCAAGAUCGCGCUAAGACCGUACUGGUGCCGCGUGCAGGGGUGUGGGAAGAAGUACAAGAACCUGAACGGCCUGAAGUACCACGCGAAGGUGUGCCAUAAGGACAUGGAUUUCAAGACGGAGGUGAAGGGACACACGAGUAUGAAUCUGUAGAUGUGUGUGUGUGGGGGGGGGGGGGAGGGGGGG